AGGACAUUGUGGAGAAUUUAUAAAAUAUGUUGACCUAAGUUAUGGAUCAAAAUAGUCUUGCAUUGUUGCCUUACAGGUUAACAGAUAUGGAGAUCGCCACCAGGAUUUGGAGGAUGGUGUCAUGGGGCGCGAAGGUUUGAGAAAGGUAGAUGGACUAUAAGGCAAUUGCCCAACAAACUGCUGAACAAGUUUUAGCUUACAAUCAAGAUCUGUCUGGCUGGAAAGUGGUUAAAACUUCAAAAAAGAUAACUGUUUCCAGCAAGGCCUCUAGAAUAUUCCUCGGCAAUCUGUAUCGUAUUGAAGGGAUAAUCCCAGAAUCAGCAGCUAAGCUCUCUGAUUUCCUCUACCAACCCGAGAACAGAGUAACAUGGGACAAAUCCCUGAAAGGGUACAAUGUCAUACACAAGAUUGAUUCGGACACGUUUAUAUGCCACACCAUUACACAAAGUUUCGCCAUGGGCUCCAUUUCCUCCAGAGACUUUAUCGACUUGGUGUACAUCAAGCACUACGAAGGGAACACAGACAUUAUCAGUACUAACAGUGUGGACUUCCCGGGAUAUCCUCCAAGUUCACAUUAUAUCCGUGGUUAUAACCAUCCCUCUGGCUAUGUCUGCUCACCUCUGAAAGAAAACCCAGCAUACUCCAAGCUAGUGAUGUUUGUCCAGACAGAAAUGAGAGGAAAAUUGCCCCCAUCGAUAGUUGAGAAAUCUAUGCCUUCCAAUUUAGUGACCUUCUUCCUCAAUGCAAAAGAUGGCAUAAAAACAUACAGAAAUCCACCAGCACGCGGACGGCACCAUGCACACUCAUCAGUGCCCAGAAAGAAAUAAAGCCAUUAUUCUGCCAUUAAACCAUAGAGAUUUCAGACAGCAAAACUGCUAAUAAGUGUAGUUUGUUACUCCAGAUUACUUCUAAGUCGGUGUGUGUGAAUCUGUUGUACGUCUCUAGACAUCAUUCUUGUACAGAGUACUUAAAAGUGUUUUGUCAGACUGGAGAGAUGGCUCAGAAGUUAAGAGCACUGGCUGUUUUUCCAAAGGUCCUAAGUUCAAUUCCCAGCAACUACAUGGUGGCUCCCAACCAUCUAUACUGAGAUCUGUACCCUCUUCUGGCAAUCAGGUGUGUGUGUGUGU